ACCUGUAGGUUAGGUUGUCCUCAUCCGGCAAAAGGUCGGUGACCUAGGGGGCCCUGGUUGUUUACUCUGCGCCAGACCGAGGCUGGGGAAACAAAGAUGGCGGACCGAGCCACGGUGGUCUAGAGGUCUGAACUGAUGCCCAGUCACUGGAAGCCAGAAUUAUUCCCGGAGGAACGGAAAUAAACAACAACGACCCAGAAGUAAACAACAACGAUGAACAUCUCUCCGAGUGGGGUUAUUGUUCCGGCAACGGCCGACACAACAACAGAAGCCUUGUUGGCAGACGCCUACACACAUGGGGUGUCAUUACCAGAGCCUGUGCACAGCACGAUAAAGGGGGACCCGGGCGCUCUGCUUGUCGCCGCGCAGGACUGCAACGGCAGCUUCGAGAACAUCCCCGUCAAACGGAAGAAGGGCCCGGCACCGAGACUCACGGAGCCGGAACUAUGCCGCGUCUGCGGAGACAGGGCGUCAGGGUAUCACUACAACGUUCUCAGCUGCGAGGGCUGCAAGGGGUUUUUCCGGCGCAGCAUCACUAAGAACGCGGUGUACAAGUGUAAGUACGGAGGGAAGUGUGAGAUGGACAUGUACAUGAGGAGGAAGUGCCAGGAGUGCCGACUCAGGAAGUGCAGGGAGGUCGGCAUGCUCGAGGAAUGUUUGUUGUCUGAGGACCAGAUCAAGGCGAAGCGGCUGCGCAGACAGAGCACGGACCCCGCGUCGCCGGCCGCAGCCGCCACACCCACCGCGCUGCCCGCCAAAAUGUCGCCCGAGCAGACAGACAUCGUGGAACAGCUGCUGAAGGCACAGCGAGAGGUUCUGCAUCCCAGCAAGGAGGAUGUGGAGAAGGUCACGCCGUGGCCGAACGACUCUGACCAGUCUAAGGAGGCAGCGGAAGCGAGGUUCUCCCACUUCACAGACCUGACCAUCCUGGGCGUCCAGGCCAUCGUAGAGUUCUCCAAGAGAAUUCCCGGCUUUCUGAGACUCACUCGGGAGGACCAGAUCGUACUCCUGAAGUCAUCCGCCAUCGAGAUCCUUGUUCUGGACGUUGCCAGGAGAUACGAUGAGAAGAUGGACAUGUUGUAUUUCUGGAAUGGACUGCCCUACAGCAGACAUAACUUUAAACACGCAGGCUUGACUGAACUGGUUAAUCCGAUGUAUGAUUUCUCAAAGAGGAUCAGGAAUGUUCACAUUGACGAUACCGCAUAUGCAAUCUUGGCGUCAAUCAUCGUGCUAUCUCCAGACCGAGCGGACGUUAGCGACCACCAGACAGUUGAGAAGAUGCAGGAGGUUUUCCUGGAGACGCUGCAGGCCUACAUCAAGACGACGAUGCCUCACGACCGCCUCCUCCUGCCCCGCAUCCUCAUGAAGCUCACCGACCUGCGCGCCAUCAACAACACCCACUGUGAGCAGCUCCUCGCACUCAAGGUGGAGAACCACAAGAUUCCACCCCUCCUCUCAGAGAUAUGGGACGUUCCACAGUAGCCGCGGCCAACCAGCAGGCUCGCAUCGGGGGAGUAGACUUCACCGUGGGGGGAAAUCUUUACAUAUGAAAUUCGUCCUUCCAAUACUCCAAAAUUGGGGAGAAUGUUAUAUUAGCUAUGUACAGAAUUGUCACAGGUUAAUUUUUCGAGACUCUUUCCGAGUUUUUGUUUUGUCAUAUUAUGUCCUUCCUGUGUCUGUGUUUGAUUCCGUAUCUUUUUAUCGAGUUCUUUUCUUGUGUGUAAAAAAAAAGGUGCUGUCUUUUGAAUAUCCAACCUCAUAGGAGUACCGAGCACUUUCCUCGGAGCGUACAGGUGUCAAGACCUCAAAUAAGUCAAGAUUUCACUCAGAUCAGAACCAGUUUUACAGCAGCUGCAGGGCUUCUGACUUUUUUAGCGUGUUUUGGACAUUUUGUUGCUUGUUUUCGAUAUCUUUCAAAUGAUGUGGGUUUUUCACUGAAUGCCUUGCUUAAAAGCUCACAGUUGUAAGGCAGAUUGUUCAGUGGACGACUUAUAGUGCUUAAGAAAAAGUGGCAAGAAAUGUCCAAAAAAGAAGGCCUGAAAUGUCAGAAGUCAUGAGUUUGCUUAAGUGUUGUAAACUUUACCCCAUGUGUAGCUGACACCUGUAAAAUGUCUGUUAAUUCAGCUCAAAAAAUCGUAACUUCAACCGUCAUUCGUAGUUCCGUCAAUACAGGGCUAGUAGUUUGUGUUCAAUGUUCAACAUCUCUAAUUUCUCCUCAUCAGUCAUUUACAGUUUUUCAGUAGAACCUUGGCUUCAGUAGUGAUGUAAGAAAAACGAUCAAACUUUCAACCAUUGGACAGUUUUUCACUAUUUUUCCUGUCUUAUACAAAUCUGCUGUUUGUUAGAGAAGAAAUCAAAACGUGAAAUUAUUUGACACCUCAGUGUAGGAUUUCAUCCCGACCCUAUUGUAGUAUCAUUCCACCAAAAACCUCAGUGAAAAACUUAACAGCUCUUCCAAAAGCCUAAUGUUCAGACAUUAACUUCAUACCUGGGUGUUUGGCUGGUUGCCCUUGGCAACAAUCACCCUGGCAACGCUACAUGUAUACAGCAAAGGGGACAGAAAUGAUGGGAAAAGGAAGUAAUUUUUUUUUUUAUUUUGCGUGGGAACCUCCAUGGAAAUGACAGACUUAUUGUAAAUAUGGAACGAAUCAGUGUCAAGUUGUAACCACCCACACACCCCUUAUUUGCGGCAAUGGUACAGUCCCAUGACCUUUGUACCCUCCAACAGAAAGUGCUCCUGCUAUAUUAAUUAUAUCUGCUGUUAUUUUUAAAAAGAAUGAAAUUAUAAAUAUCUAUUAGCUGUUCUGUUCUAUGUAUUAAUCUUGUAUCUUACAUUAUGAGUGGUUGUUAGUAAAUUAGGAGACUAUAUGAGAAUGGACUAAAGCUUGUAUUGUACAUAUUUGAGAUGAAAGGCGUAUUUUGGGGCGUGAAAAUUUGUUAGGGGUGUCUUGCAGAACUGGAAUUGCACCACAAUCAGCUGAACUCUGGUAGGAGACCCGGAUUGUACCACCCCUCUACAGGGGUGUGCGAGAGAGAUGACAGAACCUGUGUAUAAUGCAAAUUUAUUCUAAUGAUGCCAGAUUGAGCGAGGAUAUAUAUAGGAAAUAAGGUGGAUAUAGAUGGAUCGUUGAACAAAAAAAAGUGUGAAUAGAAGAAAAUGAGUAGUUUUGUAAAAUAAGAAAUAAAAAAAAUUCUGUCAAGACCCCCCUACAGAUAGUGGUUUAUUCUGCAAAAUAUACCAUUAACCAUCAUCCAUGGGAGGUGUGAAACACCGAUUUAGGGGGGGAAGGGUUGGCUUUGUAAAAGCCAGGUCACAGAAAUCUUAUCCUACUAAUAAACAAGAAAUAUUUUCACUUGGUAAAGUACAAUAUAGUCUAUCUAUACAUCUACUUGUUUCUACACCAAUGAUUUCUUGUAUUGCAUCUUGACUGUGAAAACUGUACAUGUGACAUCUAAUGUGAAAUUUGGUUAAGAAUCACAACUACAAGUAUUACUAUUACUACUACUGUUAUUAUAACUUACCCUAGACUUUUAUAAAGGGCGUUAUGAAAUGAUGUGAUACAAAACUACAUGUAAAGGAAGUUCAAGGCCAAUCCACACAUCCCUGGUCCUACAGAAUUAUAAAUCAGUGCUUUUCCAACAUUUCUGGGCUAACCUGUUUUCCUGUAUAUGUAUUAAAGGUGAUGAUUUCGUACCAAA